AUGCAUCACUCGAAAAUUUUCCGGAGAGACAUCCAUACCGACCAAUCCAUGAAAUCAGAACAACCCAAUAUCAAUGGCCUGAAAAAGAUAGACGAUGAAAAUGCGGCCGAGGCACAGCAUUGUGACCUGGUCAUUGUCGAUGAUAUGGCUGCAGAGGAUCGCCAAAUAUAUGGACAUGGUAUUGGAAAGGUUCAACCGCCUUGGCUGGAAACGACUCACCAUAGUGCUUAUCGUCGAGGCGGUUGCACUAGGCAGCCUUCAAUUCCUUCGGCCUUUGCCACACUCGGAAUGAUAGCUGGAAUUACUUGCACUGUCGGCGUGGGCCUUAUUGCCAUAUACACCAGUUAUGUCAUUGGCCAGGUGAAGCUUGCCUAUCCAUGUGUCUCUAAUUAUGCCGAUGCCGGAGGUUUGCUGAUGGGUUGUUUUGGCUAUGGGCUAAUAUAUAUUAUGCUCCUUCUGCAAUUACUCCUCGUUACUGGCUCGCACUGCCUCACAGGCACGAUUGCACCUGUUGAAAUUACUGGGAGCAACAUCUGUUCUAUUGUUUUUGCAGUUGUUUCGUCUGAAUUCUCUUGA